GAUGCAAUAAACUUAUCAGGAAUAUGUUUACUGCGCUCAUAAAGCAGGCACAGAGAAGAGGUCAGAGUCAACAAUAAAGUCUCUGCAGGUUGUCGGCAAACCUUCAGAUUGAUGUGGCGCGAGAAGGGGGAAAAAGAAGAUGUUUCAUUCGAGGAGCUCAGCGCUUAUUCUGCUAUGGGCUCUGCAGUGGGCUGCUGGCUCUUCAGCUCAGUCGUGUCAAGCUCCUGGGGGGAAAUGUAACUUUGUGCAAGACUGUCCAGACUGGAGUGAUGAGCAAGGCUGUGGCUACAAUGGAAAGGGGUUUGUGUGUGACUUUGAGGAUGAAGGAAUGUGUGGAUGGGCUGACACGUCGUCCGGUGCACAAUACAAAUGGGAGAGACAUCAGAGAGGGGAAACGGUGCCCGACAGUGGACCGUCCACCGAUUACACCACCGGCACAGCCAUAGGUUGGUUCAUGGGAGUCAGUGCAGUGAAUGAAGACUUGCUGCAUACUGCAGUUUUAAUCUCUCCAGAGAUUAAUCAGUCUUCAACAACGUGUCGCCUUCGUCUCAGAUACUUCCUGUGGGACUUGGGUAACACCGGCCUGGGCUCUACGCCCUUGUGGGCAUCUGUCCUCUACCCAGGUGGUGAAGAGGCUGUUGUUUGGCGUCCUGAGGCCUCCAGUGUUCGUGCCUGGAGGGAAGCUCUCAUCUUUCUCGGCCGUAUUCCCUCAACUUUUCAAAUCCGUCUUCACUCACUGCGGUCAGUGGGAAAAAGAGGAGAUGUGGCCAUAGACCAGCUGGAGUUUCUAGACUGUGCUCUUCCCUCACCAGUCCCCGGGGGAAACUGUUCAGCAGGGAUGGUGAAGUGUAACAACGAGGCCUGUGUGGAGGAGCGCCAUCUCUGUGAUGGCAGCGAUGACUGUGGUGAUGGAUCUGAUGAGCUCAACUGCACUGAAUAUCAGUCCUGUGACUUUGAGGAAGACCUGUGCAUUUGGGACCUGAGGUCACUUUCGUCAUUGAAAUGGGUACGGACAAAUCAGACAGAGAUCACCAACACGGAUCCUCUGAAGGGACCAGGCAGAGAUCAUUCUAGUAACUCAGCAUCAGGUCACUUUCUCUAUGUUACGGUCCCCGAUGAGGGUCUCAAAAGGGACUGGGCCUCCUUCCAAAGUCGCCCUCUUGAACCCACCAACAGUUCACAUCCUUGCAAGAUGGUGAUGUACACUCACCAGUUUGGGCCGAGGUCGGGGGGUUUGACGGUGCUGGUUGCAGAUAAAUAUAUCUACCCAGUGUGGGAAAGAGGUGGCUCUCUAGGUGAUCUCUGGGUGAAGGCAGAGGUGGAGAUUGUCACCAACGUCACUUUCCAGAUCCUGAUUAUGGCAGCAAUCAGAAACUUUACAUAUGGAGGUAUCGCGAUUGACAACAUUGUUUUGUCUCCCGAAUGCCGCUUAUCAGCCGGAAAUAAUUCAGUUGAAACAUUCCCUAAUCCCCCCAAAAAUCCAUGUGCUGAACCGGAUAAGUUGUGUGAUUUUCAUAUCGACUGUGAAGGAGCAGAGGAUGAAGCUAAAUGUGGUAAUUUCUCUUACUCUCAGGGCAGCUCUGGGUGGACUGACACCAGUCUUGGGAGUCAAGGUUGGGUACUGUAUCAAAAUUCUACAGCCCAAGAGGAGUAUCUGUAUGUAGCCAAAGCUCCAGGCCAGCAGCUGACUGAAGCCCAAACACGGACCCCCCUCCUAGGCCCCACUGGUGCCAUUUGUAGCAUGAGCUUUGACUAUGCACUAACUGGGAAACCCAGUUAUAUUGGUGAUCUGUCCGUCAGAGUGAUCGACAGCUCAAUGGGCACGGGGCCUAAAUUGUGGGAGUUUAAUGGGAAGACUGGACCAGAGGCAGAGGAUUGGCAACACGCUGACAUACUCAUUGGAUUCAGGAAAAAUCGAUUCCAGCUUGCUUUUGAAGCUCACGCUAUGAAACUUUGUCAGUCCUCCAAGAUUAAAGUGAAAAAUGUCCAAUUUAGUGACUGUCAUGUUGACUAUUAUCCAUUGUCUCCAACAGGAUUGUCAUGUAACUUUGAAGAAGGACUGUGUGGAUGGUAUCAGGACAGCAGCGACAACUUUGACUGGACAAUGCUCAGUGGGAUGGACCAUACUAUCAGUGUUGGCAGAAGCCUUGUCGUGGACAUGAGGAGUCCAUACCUACAUGGUUUGUUUGGACGCUUAAUUUCCUUUCCACAGUCACCGGGUCCUAAAGAUUACUGCCUUUAUUUCUUCUACAAAGUCUAUGGGCCAAAUGCAGGUACUCUGAAUGUGAAGCUAAUAGAUAACAAAGGUUUUGAGCUGGUCCUGUGGACCCACAGUGGAGCUCGUGGAAAUGUUUGGCAUGAAGCACAAUGCCCAGUACCGCACCAGAUCUCAAAAUUUCAUCUGAUGUUUGAAGCCGUUCGCUCUGGCUAUGAUGGACUCGUUGCCAUUGAUGAUGUGACAUUCUUGGAGGGUCCCUGUACCAACCCAAGGAUGUGUUCCUUUGAAGGCCAACAGUGUGGGUACACCAGCUCUAGUAAAGUUCAGUGGCUCCACCGCAGCGGAUACACGUCCACAUCAAAUGGGCCCAAAUUUGAUCACACCCUGGAGACUGAACAGGGUUUCUACAUGGUUGUUAACACUGGAGCAAGCAUCCUUCCCUCAGGCAGCACCGCAGUCCUCACCUCAUCUGUUCGCCAAGGAACUACCCGUACUGAGUGUCUAAAUUUCUGGUAUCACAUGGGAGGAGUGAAUCCAGGUUCUCUUACAGUGUAUAUGAAGCCAGUGAAGGGAGACAGGGUCAAGAUAUUUACAAGCAACCUGAAUCAAGGAGACGUGUGGCGUCAUGGCUAUGGCAACAUUUCGAGCUCCCUUGAGGACUGGCAGUUGGAAUUUGAGGUUGUCGGAGCCGGAGGGAAAGACACUUGCAUUGCAAUCGAUGACAUCUUUCUUUCACAUUAUCCCUGUGAAAAUCAAGAUUCCCCAGGUUCCAAGUGCAGUAUGGAGAGAGGCACAUGCAGCUGGAGCAACACUCAAAACAUGACCAUAGACAAACUGGACUGGGCGCUGACGAGUGCGGAGAUGGAACAUCACUACCCGAUCCCACUUGAGGACCACACUCUGGGCACAGAAAAAGGUCACUUCCUGUUCUUUCCAAGCAGCAAUCGGACAGAAGUGAGUCAAAACGCUCUGCUGCUGAGCCCUCACCUGCCCCCUACUAAGGGCACCUGCCUGAAGUUCUGGGUCUAUAAAAGCCAGUCGUCGGACUGCCAGCUAAAAGUAUGGAGACUCUCCGAAGGUCGUUUCAACCCGCUGGCUGAGACCGAACUUGUUGGACUGUGGAAACGUUUUGACAUCGACAUCACAUCCACUGAGGAAUACCAGAUUGUUUUUGAAGGCGUCAAAGGCACAGCAGGUGUGGUGGCUCUGGAUGACAUCGAAUACACCAUCGGGAUCAACUGCGCUAACAAAGUCACAGAUCCAAUAAAACCCUCCCCAAACCGAGACAAUGCAGGAGGCAUCGCGGCAUCCGUGAUUGUGGUCCUUCUGCUCAUCGGCACGUUGGUCAGCGUGCUGGUUUUCUACCUGCGAACACGACAGACAUCACCUUCCUCAUUUGUUGGUUUCGCUAAUGAUUCUUAUGACACAGACCUCACACAGGACCAUGUUACAGUUCCGCAGACCCAAAACCAUCCGAUGGCAGCUGGGUUCAAUAAUGUCUCUGUCUCUUCUAACACCAGAGAAAUGGAGGUGGAAUGAGACUCACGGUACAAGAGUCCUGCCACCCAAAGGUGGUUUUGUUGAAAAAAAAAAGGUGAUAUCACAGCAGGAGAACUACUUGUGUCACCCUUACAUCACACACACACAUCACACAAACAAUAUGCAAGCAUAGCUCACACACUGACCAACCAAUCUAAGCCUAAUUGGUGAAGAUGCCUCAGAUCAGAUGUGGCUCUGGCUGCAGAUGGAAAGAAGACAAAAGGAGGUCUAAUGUGUUUUGGGUGAAAAUUAACUUGCUCUAAAUCAAGACUGGGCACAGCCCAUGAAUGACAGAAAUGGCUGUAAGUAGAUCCUGUUAGGUAUCUCAGAAACCUCCGACAGUUUUAAGUUAAUUUUAAGUACAAGCAGCGGCAAAGAUUUCAGUAGUUUAAGCCCCCUUUUUUUAGCUUCUAAAAUGGGCUGUUUUAGAUCAAAUAAUUUGCUAGUUCUGGGAAUAAAUAAUCACACUAGCCUAUGAAAAACUAAUAUAACUGUCAGUUCAUAAGGUUUUUCCCCAGCUUCAGCCUAGAGACUACAUGUUUACAUGUUGGCCCACUGAAGUUUGAAACUAUGAGUUUAUAAGAACCCUUGAGUUGCAAUAUGUAAGUGGAGUCCAACUCAUAUUAGGGACUUAAACUCGUAAUUUAUCCACCUCAACCUUGUCACUGAAAAAGAAGGAAAGUUGUGGAGAAAGGAGCAAAGACUGUAAACACACACGUUAAAACUUUGAGGAAGCUGGAUUUAAGUGGACGCUGAGGUAUGCUAGUUUUUGUAAAGAGUGUUGGAGUAAUGCAAUUUUUUAAAUGUAAUUAAGGUUAAUUUUACUCUGUUUUAAAACAAGCUGUGAUUGAGCUCUGAUAAUAAAUAAU